AUUUCUGGGGAAAACCUUUAUUUACGGAUUGUAAACAAAAAAUUCUUUUACAAAAAUAUUUCAUUAGCGGUAUUAGAAUGUCUUACUUAGUGAAUUUCAGUAAUGACACUGCCAAGCAAAUACUCAUUGAAAUCAUACGCACAGUGAAUCAGCCAGAGAACUCCAAGAAAUUGUCUGAAGCUAAAGCUUCAGCUGGGAAAGAAAUGUUGCUAAUGAUGCAGCACGUCUUUCCACUGGUUAUGCAAUUGCAAACGGAUGUAAUUAAAACUUAUGGUUUUCCUGGAAAUCGUGAGGGACUUGUCCAGUUCUCGCAAUUGGUGCGCGAAAUGGAACGUGAGGAUGUGGAAAUCGCAAGAUUGCGUAGCCAAAUUAGAGCCAUCUACUUGCCGCCCAUAGCUAUAAAUACAACUAAUGAUAUAUUGAUAUGAGCAAAGAUUGUUUCACUAACAAGACUGAAACCAAAAUAUGUAUUAACUAAAAUUGUACGCUCAAUAACAAGCGUUAAGCACAAUAAUGCAUUUACCUAAAGACACCUGCUUAUAUAUAUAAAUUAUAUAAUAUAUACAAGAAAUAUUAAUAUAGUUUAAGUUGUGACAA